GUACAGGUACGUACUCGUAGAUUCCAUGAUUUGCUAGCGUAGCUGAGUGCAUUCCUAUUCCAAUUAAAUCACGUAGAAAUGAAAUCCCGUAGAAACUGUACAUGUUUGUGGUUUUCCCUCGCCCUCUGCAUCCACAUUUGGCAACAAGCGACAGAGCGGCAAACAAACCUCCGGUGCCAUAGAAGGAAAACAGAGCGAAAGGAAUCCCCAUUGCUCGGCACGCAACGCACCACGAAACACCGCAAAACACCGGUACGCACGACCACCAGCAUGCACGGCGGCCCCUUUGUUCGGACCGCAUCGGUGGCCGCCGCCGCGGCGGGCCUCUUGGGUUUCCCGGGCUGUGCCGCCUGGGUGGCCCCGAAGCCCAAGCACCCGCGGAUGGCGGCGGCCCCGGGCAUGAUCUCGGAGCAGCAGCUCGGCUACUUCGAGGCCCUCGAGACGGAGGCUCCCCCGUGCGAGCGGAGGGUCGCCCUCCUCGACUACACCGCAGGGGAGGACGACGACCCGGUCGGCUUCGAAACCGCCUGGGGGUAUCAGAAAGAAAUACUCUGCGACCAGAUCGAUCGCCUCGCGGAGGGCGGGGAAACAGGGUCGUCCUUUCUUCCGGCCGACCCAGGCAACGGGACGGCGCCCGGCCGCCGCGGCGACACGGUCCUCAUGCUCCAGCACCGCCCCGUCUACACGCUGGGAACCGGAUCCGACGAGGCCUUUGUCAAGCAGGCGUCGUCGUCGUCGUCGUCGACGCCGGACCCCCCCGUCCCGGUGGUCCGCAUGGACCGGGGCGGCGAGGUCACCUACCACGGGCCGGGGCAGAUCACGGUCUACCCCAUCCUGGAUUUGCGGAGCUACCGCAUGGACAUCCACUGGUACAUGCGGGCCCUGGAGGAGGCCGUCAUCCUGGCCAUCUCCCGGUGCGGGAGCGGGCUCACCGCGGAACGCGAGGAGGGCGUCACGGGGGUGUGGAUCGAGGACCACAAGGUGGCCGCCGUCGGCAUCAAGUGCAGGAGGUGGAUCACCCAGCACGGGCUGGCGGUCAACGUCGGGGAGGAGAGCCUGUCCAAUUUCGGGGGCAUCGUCCCGUGCGGCCUGGAGGGACGGAGGGUGGGGUGCCUCAACGGCUUUCUCACCGCGAGGGGCGAGGAGCCCAUCACGGUGGGGGCCUUUGCGGGGCUCCUGGGGGAGGCCCUGGAAGAAGUCUUUCGGAUCGAGCUGGUGGACCAGCCGCUGAUGCGGUAGCAUGAGCCGAGCCGAGCCGGGCAGAGCAGAACCUGGCGGGAAUGCGUUUCUGCUUUUGGUGACGAAUACCGUACUAAAUUUCACUCGCGGCG